AUGAGAGACCAAGGCCGACCUGAUCAAAAACUUCAUGAAUUCGAGAGAGACCACGGCCAAUUUUAUCAAGAACUCUCACAGUUAGAACAUGAGUUGGACUCGCUUAAAGGAGAGCAGAAUGAGGAGCAAGACGAAGAGGAAUUAGAUCCCGAAAACACAGGAGAAGACUCAGAAAUGGACGGAGAAGCGGAUGACACAGGAAUGGAAGAGGCUGCAAAUGAUUCAGGAGAGGAAUCAGGCGAAAAAGACAAUUGUUUGGAACUGAGGGAAAACUGUGAAAACAUUGAUGAGGAUAUAAAAGAAACAUCAAGCGUUUCCAUUUCCCCCUAUCCAUAUUCGUUAUUACGUCUCCUAACACCCCGUGAAUCUCAGAUUGGAAGACGACGAAAGAUUACCCCUCAUUCUCAGAACAUAAUUAUAUCAGCCGUCGACCUGUCUACUGCGAGGGCCGUUCAGACGAAUAUUGACCACAAGGUGCGACUAUAUGGUCUACAUGAAGAAAUACGAGCCGUGCAUAGUCUACUGAGCAUGAUGCUCACUCUUCAGCGUUACACUUUCAUGUUGAGUACCAAAACGGUUCCUCGCUCGACUUUGCAGACUCUUUCUCCCUCUCCUUCACCCGCUACGUCACAUAAGCAGGUCCAUGGUUCCAAUUUGGGGGAAUGUUUGGAAAAUUCCAGACUAUGCCAUUGUCGAGCCCGUGGCCGUGUCCGUGGCCGUGCCCGUGGCCGUGGCCGUGGCCGUGGCCGUGGCCGUGGCCGUGGCCGUGGCCGUGGUCGCUAUUAA